UCUCAGUCAAAAUUCAAAAUUCAAAAUUCAAAAUUCAAAAAUAAACAAUUUUAUUUGAAAAAAAAACUUUUUGGAUCAAACCAUUGGUUACAACACUUGACAUUGCCAUUUGCGAUCCUGUAAUCCUGAGUGAAAACAAUUGGCGGAGAGGAAAGUAACAUUUUUUACGACGGAAAAUUUUAGCUCACGCAAAGCAGCCCAGCUCUAAAAAAUGAAGAUAACCGAUGAAAGAACUUUAGAUGGCAGCCAGAGAAACCCUCAAAUCGUAACACAACGAGCCCAAAUGCGCGUAGAUAAAUGUGAGUCCGAUCCAUUCGAACAGGCAUAUUCUUGGUAUCCAACCCAUGAAACAACCAAGCACUUGGAAUAUGUUCGACGACUGGAGUCGGAAUUCACAUGCCUGCAGCGGGCUGUACUCACUCUUACCACACAAUUUGCACGAGUGCAAUUCCGCAUACGUCAAAUAUUGCAAGCCGAACCCUGCGAACGCUACGCACUCCUAAUUGACCUUGAGCAACUGGUAUUUAACGGUGAUGCUGAGGAGAACAAUGAAUUGCCACCAAUUCAACGUGAUGCACAAAAUUUAGGCGAUGUACGACGCAAGCAGGAUUACAUGCUCAAUCAAUUACAUCAGAAAUUGAGCACCCUCGAGAAUGCACCAAUUUGGAAAUAUCCACCAGCGCCAGUAGAUACUGACUCAUGGACGGGCAAGUCCACGUAUCGUAAUAGCACAGUUAUGAGUAGUGCGGAUUCUGAAUACUCAACCUCCAGUAAAAGCAAAAUCUACCGAUGAGCAUAUGAUUUAAAUGAGUAGACUCUCUUUAGCGAAAUCCAAUCGUGUGACGAAGAGGAGGAGUAAGCGAGUUUGAUGAUGUGAUAGGCCAAUUUUCACGUUGACUGCUGCCGCUGUAUUUUUCUUUUAAUUAAGUAUUUGUUGUUUAUGAACCGUUGU